AUGCGGCUUCAGCUCCUCAUCCAACGCCACUCCCUCCCACCUGUUACCAUCAUUCACACGACAGGCAGUGGCCCCGCCUCACAUACCAAGUCCCGGUCCGCCACGAUUGCCGACCUCCUCGCCGACGUCAAUGACCUCGUGCCCCUCGAGUCUGCCGACGGCGAGUGGGGUCUGGAAGAUUACGCCGUCGAAGUCGCUUCCACCGCAGACCAAAACUUGACGUACGAGUGCUUGCAUUUUCAAACCCUAUACUCUGUGCUGAGAGAAGAUGAUGAAGUGGUGAUCAGGGCGCUGAGCAAUGAAGAUCUAAGAGUUAGGAGAUUAGGUGGACGACAUCAGAUUACGGGCGACGGCAGACAUCUGAUUGAUGGCGUGGCAUUCGGGAAGCAGUGGUUGAAACAGACACAGAGGCCGGGUAUCGUGAUUCCGCCUAGGAAGAAGAGGAAAAUUUUGUUUGAUGAGGAUGUCGGUGUUGCGGGCGAGGAAGACGCAAAGCGCACUCUCCCUUCUCCUGCUGAGGGGGGAGAUCGCAUGGAUGCUUUGGUACUCUUUCAGGGUUGUGAAGAAGACGAGGACGACGAAAACGAUCAUGAUUAUGUGGAUGAAGCCGAUGCGGACGCUGAUGGGCCAGGAUUGCAACUCACUGUCAGAGAAGAUUUCGAUGACGCAGACGCCGACUCAGAAGACGAAUUCGAGCUGAAUGGUGAAGAUGAAGGCGAGAAUCUCUCCUCAGAGCUCGAGAAUCUGCUGGAAGAUGCCGCCGAGAUUGAACAAGCUGCCAACAUGGCCAUUGCAAUGCAAGUCCUCGACGGAAAGCUGAAGAGAAAAAGAAACACCGGAGACGACGGCGAAGAGUAUGAAAAUGAGGUAUUUGAAGGAUUCUCCACUCCUAUACGAAGCUCAUCUGCUGGGCUCAAUCGCAUGUCCGGUGCUCGAGAAGAUGGUAGGACCAACUUAGAGGACGACGAAGGCGAAAGCCGAAACAACAUGACGAGGAAGAAUGCUGAUCGGCGAGCUGAAAAGCGUGCGGGAAACGCUCUCGAGGACGAUGAGGAAGACUCCGAGGAUUCAGAUACAACUAGGAGCUCCGAUAUCUCAUCCUCUGACUCCGAGGCUGAUAGCACGAUGGAAGAUACUGCUAUGCAGCAAGCCAAGAAACGAGCUUUGAGCCUCAUCAGAGAUGGUGAUGUUGAUCACAACACAUCAUCAAGCUCUGAUUCUGAAGAGGAUGAGAGUGACGAUGAUAUCACCUCCAGCUCGGAAUCUGAGUCUGAUUCCGUGAAACCUACGUCGUCAGAUUCUGAAACGUCAGAAUCCGAAUCCGAGUCCGAACCCGAAUCAGAGAUAGAAGAGAGAAACACGAACAGGCCGUCCGAGUCCAAGACAGCUUCCUCUACAGCAGCCUUACAGACUAAAGGCGCUAAAGGAAAGCCGGCGAAGUCAUCGGUAGGCGUUCCUUUCCAGGGGACAAAUAGGACGCACUAUAACAAUGACAGGGCUAAAAGAAGGAAGCGGCUCAAUCAGCUUAAGAAGCAGGGGUUGCUACCUGAGAAUGCCGCUUUUGAAGAUCUAGCGAAGUAUGAGUCCACGCAACAACAGAAGAUGGAAGAAGAACAAGAACAAGAACACGCCGCCGAGCAACGAGCUGAUCGCCAAGUCGAGGAAGUGGCGGCUAAGGCAGCCGUGAACGAGGUCGAGGAAGAGAAUGUGAAGCCUUCAAAAAGAGCAGAAUCAGCUGUAAGCAACGACGCCCCUGUCGAGCCUACAUCUGCGGGGCUCGAAAUACCGGAGACAUCUCAGAUCGAUCCCGUUGUCCCAGAGUCAGCUCCAAAGAGGGCUAGGCUCGACGUGGCUAGUUCUCGUCGUCUCGUUUUCGGAUCCCUAGGCCUGAGAGCGCCCAAGACCGCCGAAGAGGCGCAAGCGUUGAGGGAGAAGUUAUCCCAAACCAGUCGCCAACAAAAUCACCAAAAGAGCAAUUAUGACAUUAGUGCUUUGGAACCUUCACAAAGGGCAUUGGUUGCGGAAAAAAAUAAUGAUUCAUGGAAGAACAAAUUGAUUGUCGCGGCAGUUGAAUGCGAAGAGCCUGGGAUCUGUUUGCCGCCGCCGCCAUUUCCAUUUGAGCAAGGCUGGGCAAAGCCAGCCAAAAACAAGCGAAAACUUCGUGAUCAAAGCCAGUAUUAUCAAAGCAGAAACGGGUGGCCUCACGAGAAAGACGAUGGUGCCGUUGCACCUGAAGUUGCAAGCCUGAAUUAUGAUGUCAAGCCCUACGCCCCCAGUGAUCAUGCCUUGUUGACAGUAGAUGGAAAUGCAGAGGAUGUGCCAGUCCGGGACUCUUUUGACGGCCUUCCAGAGCUUAACCAGGCACAAAUCCUGCCCGGUGCGAUUAUUGUCUACAAAGAAUUGCAUGUCGAUGCCUCGACAAACUAUCAACCUGAAGUGUCCCCCUAUAGGGUCGCUGAAGUGUCAGAAGUGGAUGAAGACGGUACUGUGCACGUUCAGCUGACUAAGGGCUCAAUGGCCGCAGACUCCCAGGGCAAAAUCUACCCACAAACAGGCCAAAGAGUCCACGGCAAGUUCGAGCUGGCGAAUGAAGAUCCACAUGAAGUUGAUGAUGGGCUUCGUGAAAUUUCAUUCUCAAAUAUGAUCUCGGCGAAGCUGCUCAAAGCCUCUGUAGUCGAAGAUCCCAAUAGCAGCCAUAUCAUCAGCCCCAGAGGCGGAGAAGCACCCAUGUUGUCAACGGAAGACCAGUUUGCUGUCAUUCCUGAGUCAGCGAGACAAACUGUCGAGGCCCAAGCGGCAGACAAACCGGAUGCAACUGCGCAGACAAUCGAUACCCCUCGCAAACAAGAGAUAAAUGAGAUGAUCAAGGAGGCCGGCUUCGACUCAGCUCUAGAUGAAGAAUUGCUGGAACCAAUCCCUAACGCUGCUGCUGAUAACGCUAAAGAUGCACCUAGCCCUGUCGAGGAAUCGACUCAGUCGCAAGGACAAUAUCCUCACAGAUUUCGGCUGAGGUCACCUCGCGUCAAUGCGUCUUCGUCGGAUCUGAAGACUUCAUCAGAUGUGGACACCAACGCCAAUCCCAACGACGGCCCUGGUGACGCUGACCCCUCGAGAAGUUCCAAGUUGCCUCCAACUUCUUCGCCAUACAUCUCAACCCAAGAAACUGUUGAGUAUCCUCAUAUCUCUCAGAUGGACAUUAAUUCUUCGGACCCUCCGCGCACCACCAAUAGCAGCUCACAUCAGGAUGCACAGAAAGUCUCAUUAACUCCGGCGCUUGAUCUAUCUUCUACUACUUUUGAACAAGGGAACGUAAUCAAGGAGGACUUGGAUAGCAAGAAGAAUGAAUUGGAUGCCGAGCACCUCAUUGAUGAAAACCCGAGCCGAUCAGAGGACGUGCCUGUCUCGCUUGAGUCCGAGGUUCCAGAGUCUCAAGAUCAACAAGCCUCGAUCCCUUCUCAAAGCACGGAAGCAGAAGACGAAGGGGUUGCGGACGGAAGUUCUUUUUUGGGACGAUUUGGCUACGAUGGUCAAGAUUCUUCGUACCAUGAUUCUGGCAGUGAUGACGAUGACAGUGACCUCCCUUCCCAAAGUAAACUUACAUCCAGCCAAAGACACCACAGACGAACCCGAUCACUCUCGCGGAGAGUGUCCCCCCCAGCGCCAACUAGGAAAUCUCUCCGCAAUACGACGAAAAAGAAAUUGAGGAGUCCGACUCCGCCGAGUAGCCCUGACCUUUCAGCUCCAAGUGAGACUGCCAUUAAGCUGUCGCAAAGUCAGAGAGGGCCAAGAUUGUCUCAGAUUCCGGCAGGAUCACCGAUUGUUGACUUGACUUUCUCGAGCGAUGCACCGAGCCCGGUCAAAGAUACGGAUGACAACAGCGAUUCAACUGGCGGCCAGAAGAAGACUAAGUCUGAAGUUGGCAGUAUGAGUCGAAGCACGAGUGCGAGAGCGGGCAAGCGGGAUAGCGGGAUUGGCGUUAGAAGAUUGCUAACAUCGAAGAAGGCCAGAGGAUAUUACUGA